UCAACGAACGUUUUUUAGGUUAUAAUCAGAGAUUGAUUAAACUGAAUUGGAUAUUUUCAUUCAGUAUCAAUAACGAUUACUUUUGUAUUAAAAUAUUAUUUAGUUGUAUUGUUCCAAAUCAAUCUUCAAAAUGCCUAGAAUAAUGAUAAAGGGUGGUGUUUGGAGAAACACAGAGGAUGAAAUUCUUAAGGCCGCCGUGAUGAAAUACGGCAAAAACCAAUGGUCUAGAAUUGCCUCUCUCCUUCACAGAAAAUCUGCGAAGCAAUGUAAAGCCCGUUGGUUCGAAUGGUUAGACCCCAGCAUCAAAAAAACCGAAUGGUCCAGAGAAGAGGAUGAAAAGUUGUUGCACUUAGCUAAACUAAUGCCCACACAAUGGAGAACCAUCGCACCUAUUAUAGGCAGGACCGCAGCCCAAUGUCUAGAAAGAUACGAAUAUUUACUGGAUCAAGCUCAAAAAAAGGAAGAAGGCGAGGACGCCGUCGACGAUCCGAGGAAGCUAAAACCCGGAGAAAUCGAUCCCAAUCCGGAAACCAAACCGGCCAGACCCGAUCCUAAAGAUAUGGACGAAGACGAGUUAGAGAUGCUUUCUGAAGCCAGAGCUAGACUGGCCAACACCCAAGGCAAAAAAGCCAAGCGUAAAGCCCGCGAAAAGCAAUUAGAGGAAGCCCGGCGUUUGGCGGCUUUGCAGAAGCGCCGAGAACUGAGAGCAGCCGGCAUCGAGGUCACCUCGAGGCGCAAGAAGAAACGAGGCGUGGAUUACAAUUCGGAAAUUCCAUUCGAAAAACAACCAGCCAUCGGUUUCUACGACACUUCUAACGAAGCCCUCGACUUGAUGGCUCCAGAUUUCUCUAAAAUGAGACAACAACAUUUAGACGGUGAACUCAGAAGUGAAAGAGAAGAGAGAGAACGCAAGAAGGAUAAGCAAAAGUUGAAGCAACGCAAAGAGAACGAUAUCCCUCAAGCGAUGCUGCAAAACGAAGAACCGGCUAAGAAACGAUCGAAACUGGUGUUGCCCGAACCGCAGAUAUCCGAUCAAGAGAUGCACCAAGUGGUCAAGUUGGGCAAAGCGAGCGAAACGGCCCGAGAAAUCGCGACGGAAAGCGGCGUCGAAACCACCGAUACUCUUCUCAACGAUUACAUGUUCACACCUCAAGCUGCCGCUACUCCUAGAACUCCAGCACCGCAAACCGACAGGAUACUUCAAGAGGCCCAGAACAUGAUGGCCCUUACGCACGUCGAUACGCCUCUCAAAGGCGGUUUGAAUACGCCCCUGCACAAUUCGGACUUCAGCGGGGUUCUGCCGCAAUCGCAAGCGAUCACCACACCUAAUACAGUGCUCGCCACGCCGUUCAGAUCGACGCGAAGCGAUGGCGGGGCGACUCCCGGAAGCACGGCAGGAUUCAUGACACCCAAAAGCGGAGCCCUGACUCCUGUCGGCAAGAACGCGACGCCUUCCGUCAGAGAUAAGCUGAAUAUUAACGCCGAAGAAACUUUAGAUGUGGGAAGUACUCCGGCCGAACACCGAAUGUAUCAAAUGUCGAUGAAAGACCAGUUGAAACUAGGACUGAGCAGCCUGCCGCAGCCCCGGAACGAUUACGAGAUCGUCGUGCCCGAAAACGAGGCGCAGGAUGAACCCGAAGAAGCCCAAUCGCAAUCGGUCGAAGACCAAGCGGACGUCGAUGCCAGAAAACAAGAGGAACUGAGAGCCAAGGCGGCUCAAGAAUUAGCGUCGCGUUCGCAAGUCAUCCAAAGGGAAUUGCCGAGGCCGCAAGACGUGAAUCUCACGGUGCUCCGGCCGCCCAACGAGAGCUACUCCUUGACGGACCUUCAGCGCGCCGAGGAAUUGAUCAAAUGCGAAAUGGUUACGAUGUUGCAAUACGACAAUCUGAAGAACCCUCUGCCGGCGCAAAGUAAGCGAUCGAACAUGUCGCAGGCUCAGCAAUUGGCCUUUCUCGAGCAACAUCCGUACGAUUCGUUCAAAACGGAGGAUUUGGACGUGGCUAAAUCGCUGUUGAGGAGCGAAAUGGAUGUGGUAAAAAGCGGCAUGAAUCACGGAGAAUUGCCGUUGGACGUGUACAAUCAGGUAUGGGAAGAGUGCCUGGGCCAAGUUCUGUAUCUUCCGAAUCAGACGAGGUACACCCGCGCGCAUUUGGCGAGCAAAAAAGAUAGAUUAGAAUCGGCGGAAAAGCGGCUGGAACAGAACCGAUCGCACAUGGCCAAGGAGGCCAAACGCGCCGCCAAGAUGGAGAAGAAAUUGAAGAUAUUAACGGGCGGUUACCAAUCCAGGGCGCAGGUGCUGAUUAAACAGUUACAGGAUCAAUACGAGAGCAUCGAUCAAUCGACGUUGGAGUUGAACACGUUCAAAUUCCUGGCCGAGCAGGAGAAGAACGCUUUGCCGAUGCGAAUACAGUCUCUUACUGAGGACGUGAAUAGGCAGAUGGAAAGAGAGAAGGUACUUCAAAUGAAAUACGCCGAUUACCAGAAUCAGAUUAAAGAGUUACAAGAGGAGUAUUUAGGUCAAAUGCAAAAUGUUCCAAAUGAAGAAUCAAAUAAAUAUGACGAGGUCACUUCGACCACCAAUGAAGAGAAUGGUAUGGACACGUCGGAAAAUGAAACAGUUACUGCUGAAAAUUAAGGUUUGGUGUGAAAAUGUCAUAAUUUAACGAUUAACUUUGAUCAUAAUAAUUUACAAUAGUAGGUCUUAUUGUUUAUAAAAAAUACAUUCAAUUAGAAUUAAUAAAAAAACAAACAAUCUUUCGAAUUGAUUAUGAAAAAAAGCAAUCGAUUUUUCGUUUUGAAUAUAAAGAAUAUACCAAAUAAUCAAUUUAUAAAUUAAAUUCCAUUAAAUUGCUCCACGACUUCCCGUGCUUUAAUUUCACAGGGAACGGUAUCGAAAGCCCAAAAGAACUUUCCAUGUUUCUCUUAAUCACCUUGGCCACUUUCUUCAAAUACUUAAUAGGAACUUCGUACAUUAAUUCGUCGUGCAAAAACAACACCAACUUGGGCUUGUUUUUCGCUUUGUGGAAAAUCUCCUCCAAUUCCUUAUCUACCGUGAUCAUAGCCCGUUUCACUAAAUCCGCCGCUGAACCCUGCACAAUCGUGUUCACCGCCUGUCUCUCAGCUUGCCCUAAAUUACAACACAUUUCGAUAUACUCUCGAAGUAUCCUCAGACAUUAAUACCAUUAAAAACUAACCUUUUUUUACUAAAUUACACUCGUUUAUGUGCGGCAAGUACCUCUUUCUGCCACUAAUCGUCUCGACGUACCCGUCCCUCCUGCAUCUUUCUAAGGUGCGAUUUAUGAACGAUUUUAUACCGGGAUAGGUCCUCAUAAAAGUUUCCACGAAUUCCGCGGCCUCUUCCUCGCUGGAAUCCAGUUGAGCAGCCAGCGUUUUGCAACCCAUACCGUAAAUUAUACCGUAGCACAAGUGCUUCGCAUUUUGUCUAAUACUAUCCGUC